CGUUCUUCUCCAAGCCCGGCUUCCCUUCGUUUGCAAGGGAAGGCGAGCUCGGAGGACAGCGGAGGCCUCUUGAGAAUCCCAGCCUCUUGCUCGCAGAUAUUUAAAAGAUGGAAAGGGCUUCACUUCCAAGUUGUCUUGACUUCCAGUUACAAUCAGAUUCUUGUCACAAAUUCAAAAGAUCACCAGUUCCUUCAGAGACCCGCCACUAGACACGCUGUGCCUAAAGAGAACAAAAUGACGGCUUCUCUGUGCCACUUAUACACAGCCUCUCUCUAAAAUGGCUCCUGAAAGAGGGAACGGCUUUCUGAAAGCAGCGCGCCGUAUGGUAAGAUGGUUGCCCCGUAAGCAAAGUUGCUUGCUGGAAAAUGUGUUUGGCUUCAAGAUGGCGGAAACCAGCCACGGAAUAGGGGAAGUGGGCCCUUUUCCAAGAUGGUGGCCUUAGCUCUUCUUAGGCGGUGUUUCGUAAAGCGUAGUACGUCAUACGACUGCGCGAUUUCCAAGAUGGCGGCGCCCGUGCUGAGAGCGUUAAGGCGGAGACGCUGGGGUGUGUUCAGCGUGGGAAGCUGUUUGUCAGGUGGAGCGCCCCGAAAAGAUAUCAGUUUUAAACUAGAUGAAAGAACCUCCCACAGCAGCUUGGAUCUGUUCAAAAAGGAUACUGGUGUUAUUUACCGCAUGGUUGGGAUUGACCCCACCAGAGUUCCUCAGAACCUUGAACGCUUCAGGGAUUGGGCUGUAGUACUCGGUGAUGCCGCUGUGUCUAGUGGACGCCAUUACUGGGAAGUGACAGUCAAACGGUCGCAGCAGUUUCGCAUAGGAGUGGCCGAUCUGGAUAUCUCCCGGGAAGGUUGCAUUGGUGUGGAUGAUCGCUCCUGGGUCUUUGCCUAUGCUCACCACCAUUGGAGUGCCAUGUUUGCCAAUGAGACCACUCCUAUCAUUAACAUUGGCCACCCAGAGAGAGUUGGUGUGCUGCUGGACUGUGACAACAAGAACCUCAGCUUGGUUGAUGUAAUCAGACUUGAACUCAUCCAUAGCAUGCCUGCUGAGUUCCAUGGCCCGGUGGUACCUGCUUUUGCCCUCUGGGAUGGCGAGUUGCUAACACAUUCGGGCCUUGAUGUACCUGAGAAACUCGGGGGGAACUGAAAACUUCUGAAGCUCAGGGACAUUUCUUCAGAUGGGAUUCUUCACUUGGGAGAGCAGACUUUUCAGAGCAGUACUGGGAAAAGUUUCUUCCUGCUCUUGCUGUAUUUGCAGCUGUUGAUUUUCACUGCCCAGAUAAGUCCAUUGGAUUGCAGGUCAAAAUCUAUCACAGUUUUGGAAUGAAAUGAGAUUUUACUUCAACAAUAGGACCGCAUAUCAGUUUUCUGCCUCUACUGUCUUAUCUCUCAUGAGGAUGAAGGUAACUGCCUGCAGAAUCAGAACUCAUUUGGCUUAGGUUAGCUCUCAGGAGUUUGUCUGUGCAGGAAAAUAUGCUUGAGAGAUAUUAUGGGGCGUGGCAUCAGCGUCUGGGUUGAUGGCAGCUUAAUAGAGGUUCUCUCCUCCCCAAACCUCCUUAAACUCCUAUUGUAUUGGUUUAAUUGAAGAUCUGAGACUCUAAAAUUAUGCACAAAAGCAUUGCGGACAGAGCUUCAUCUAAUUUGGCUGGUGGUAAGGCGAUUUCCACCUAUUUUUCUAAGCAAUCCUCUGACAAAAAUCCUGAGCCAGCCAGCUUUGAUGAGCCUGAAAUGGCAGUUGAGGAAGGACUCAACUGCCGUUUACCAUGACCUCUCCCCCCCCCCACCCGAGCCUUCAGCCGUUGGAGGAUUCUUAAGCUUGUCACCGAAGCCCUGCAGCAGGCACACAUUCGUUAUAAGUGGAAAAACUUAACCAAGACCCAAAUUUCUUUCAAAGACAAACUGUACUUAAUCGAUGAUCCAACGGAGGGUUUUGCCUUGCUUAAGUCCCUUCAUAUAAAAAUCCCUGAAGCCUCCAAAUCUUCUCAAACAAGACAGCAUUCACCUUCUUCCUCCUCCACCGAAGAAUGAGCCAGGGGGACUGUCUGUUUCUCAAGAGUUUAGCCCAUUAAGCUGUUCUAUUUAGCUCAUUAAGCUGUUCUAUCGUUUGCCUUAAUGUUUGCAUUGAGUCUCACUGCUUCUUGUUGAUUAGUUGACAGAGGUUUUAUUAUUGAGGUUGGGGGCGGGGGGCGGGAGGGUUCUCUAAAGUUGCCUCUGUGACACAAGUAGUCUUCUCAAGGAUUUGUGUUUCCUGUAGUCACUGGGGGAAUCGUUUCAGUUUGCCUCUAGGACUACGUGAGACUACCUUUUGGAUUUUCUUUGCUAUUACAUAGCUAACAUUUCAUUUCAUUUCAUUCUUGCCUUAAUUAGCUUUUACGACCUGCUUAAAUUGCUUUCACAAGGGUGAUCUUUGCUGAAUAUAUUGUACCUGAAUUGUUGGCUAGAAGCUGGGUAUUGACUUUGCAUUGCUAAGGUAAAACUUAUUAUUUCUGCUUUCUGUUUUUCAGCCACAAGGUGUCACUGUUUAGCUGUAAUUUUCCCCUUAAGGUUGUAAAAAGUCUUUUUUUGCUCUACUUUAUGAGAGGUUCCUAGACAGCUGUGAUUUCACAAAUGAGUUUCCUGUAGCCGAAUAAUAUCAGAUUGCGAUUUUGAGAAAGUAUUUAGGAUACGUUUCCUUUUAAUGGGAUUGUGCAGUCCUCUCACGUUGAGCAAAGUGAUGUUCCAGGUGGGGCCCAUGGUUAGAUGAAAAAGAGAGAGAGAGAGCAGCAGAAGACACCUAUGAGAAAUGAGCAGUGAGGAGAAGGAUAGAAGACAGAAGGAGACUAAGUAAGAAAAGAGAGAGGAUGAAGGAGAAGGCACAGGGGUGAACAAAAAACCCAGCACAAACCGACAGAAGCUUGCAAAAAAGAAAA